UGCCACGUGAUCCGCGCGGCCGGGGCGCGGUAGCAGCCGCAAUCUUACUGAGUCGAGUCGGGAGCCGCGAGCGGACGGACGCGACCCGGGCGGCCGCCCAGUGCGCGCACCAUGGCGAUGCAUUUCAUCUUCUCAGAUGAGGCUGUGCUUCUGUUUGAUUUCUGGAGAGUCCACAGUCCUACAGGCAUGGCCCUCUCAGUGCUGGUAGUCUUGCUCCUGGCUGUACUGUAUGAAGGCAUCAAGGUUGGCAAAGCCAAGUUGCUCCAUAAGACUCUGGAGAACCUGCCUAGUGCCACCAGCCAGCAGCUCAUCCUGGAACCAGACCAGGAUUCUACAGGCUCCGGAUCAACUCCAGCCAAUAGUACCCGCCUCAGGUGGUUUUUGUGUUACUUUGGCCAGUCCCUAGUCCAUGUCAUUCAGGUGGUCAUUGGCUACUUUGUGAUGCUGGCUGUAAUGUCCUACAACACCUGGAUUUUCCUGGGUGUGGUCCUGGGCUCGGCUGUGGGCUACUACCUAGCCUACCCACUUCUCAACAUGACUUAGUGGGCCAGACAUGCAUAGAUGCUGAGGGCUGAAGAGAGCUGGGGCCUCUGUUCCAGGCAUUGUACUUCCAGAUGCUUUUUCUUAUGAUGGCCAUUGUUCACCUCUUUCCCAGUUCCUGGCAGCUUUGAGCUGAAGCCAGCAAAUGGUCCCUGGAGCUUAGAGGUCAUUGGAGCUACCUCCCUUCCUAGCCCCGCCUACACAGGGCCUCCUGUGGUGCCUUAAGCAAGUAGCUGUGACCAAAGGGAAGAUGGAAGAGACUGCAACCUGGAGGGAAGGUAGCCAGACCUGUGACCACAGAUCUCAGACUUCAAAUUAAAGUUUUCCAAAGAGCUUCAGUGAGGAAGGCCAUGGAACCUGGAUAUCCUCUUCCGCUUUGUGCCUUAAUGUCGGGGGCAUCUCCCGUCUUUGGGGACAGACCAUGCCAGCUCCUUCUCACCUUUUUGCCUUGGAACACAUAAAGACUGCCAUUGACAAAAGUUUUUCACUUGGACCUCCUAGUUGGCAAUUUUGCACAUUCUUACGAAACAAAGUUUCUAAUGAACUCACUGUGUUCAUGAUGAUGGCAGUGUCUGCUGAGACCCGGCUCCCUUUCUUAGGGAUGCCUGAUACUGAUCAAAGGCAGAGCCAGGGCGGUUAGCAAGGCUGCAGACUGUCUGCUGUGCAGAUGAGCUCUCCCCAUCUGACAACACCGCCUGCGGCAGGUUCGUCUGGUGACCAGGGCCUUACCCCAUCCUUUUGUGUGCACCACAGAGAUCGCUGGCUGCCUCUUAUUUCUUACUUGCUAAUUCCUAAUGACCUGGUAGGGAGCCAUGAGUCAGUUGCUGGAGGACUGAUUCAGCAGGGGUGUGUUGGGGGGGGGUGCUGACUGAGGGUGCAAUAGAAGUACUGACUCGGCAGGGGUGUGACUGGGGGUGCAAUAGCAGGCAAACCAAAGCCAGGUCAUGUUAAGAGUUAAGUGGACUCCAGGUAGUUGAGCCUUUUCACUUUACAGAAAAAAGUUGAGAGACAGGAAUGGGGACACGUACAUGUAAUCCCCAGGACCCGGGAGGCUGAGCCAGGAGACUGUGGGUUUGAGGGCAGCUCAGGUUACAUACAGAGUUCCAGGCUAGCCACAGCAGUCACUGCUACAUACUAUAUAGUGUCUGUGUUCAAGUACCUCAUGGGCUCAAUGAAAAGACGGUUUUAAGCUUUGGGAAUUAAAAACAAAUACACUUUAAUAAAUUUCUAUUUUUGAACAGUC